UAACGUGUUCAAGAUGGCGAUUCUCACCUGAAAAUGAGUCAUAUAAAGUUUAUUUAGGACGGUUCUAAAAAGACUGUGAGACUUUAUAAAGCAUGGGACAGCAAGAUGAGAAUAUAGGGUCUUUGGAGACAGUAGUUUUCAAUGCUGGUCAACUGACAUUGUUCGAAACUUGGUCUUGAAGUUUUGUUGUUUUGGACGUGAGAACCCGGAACUGACAGCAGAAUGUUGAGAAUGAGCAUGUUCAGCACAGAGGAGAUGGAGCUGCUGGCUGACUCCAAGUACCGAGCGUACGUCGCUGCGGUCGAGAAGGCUCUUAAGAGCUUUGAGGUGUCAACAGAGUGGGCGGAUCUCAUCUCAGCACUGGGGAAACUCAACAAGGUGCUGCAAGCAAAUAACAAAUACCACGUGGUCCCCAAACGAUUGAUGAUUGCCAAGCGUCUGUCCCAGUGUAUGCACCCAGCCCUGCCCAGUGGAGUCCACCUCAAGGCGCUGGAGACAUAUGACAUCAUCUUCACUAUCAGUGGCCACCAGAGGCUGAAACAGGACCUCUUCAUUUACAGUGCAGGUUUGUUUCCUCUCCUGGCAAAUGCCGCCAUGUCAGUGCGACCAGCGCUGCUCAACAUCUACGAGCAGCACUACCUCCCCCUGGGCACCGCACUGUGGCCCGGCCUGGUGGGCCUGCUGCAGGGCCUGCUUCCCGGGCUAGAGGAGGGCUCAGAGCACUACGAUAGGACCAACCACCUGCUGGAGCAGUUCAGCCUGGCUGUGGGGAAGACUGUGUUCCAUGAGGGGCUGUGGGAGUGUGUGCUGACCAGCAGCAGUGUCAGGCUGCCUGCCAUCACCUUUCUCCUGUCCCAUGUCAACAGGACACAGUCUAUAGAGGACCAGCUCUAUGUACUCGGCUCUGACAUUAAUUUACUGGUGCAGUCCUUAUGCGCAGCUGUCCAGGACUACAGUGUGCUGGUACAGAGGUGCUUGUUAGACCUGCUGCUGCUGUGUUUCCCCUUCCACAACUCUCCCAUCACCAGACAGGACAUGGUGACGGUGCUGGCCCAGGCCCUCGGAGUCAUGCUCAGGAGAGACAUGUCACUCAACAGGAGGCUAUACUCGUGGCUUCUGGGUACAGACAAUUCUAUACACAUGGGAAGCAGGACACUCAAGUGUGAGAACCCGAGUCAGUACUUCCUUACCUACUCUAAAGAGCCCUUAGUGGAAAGUGUCAAGACAGUGUUGCAGAAGCAGUACACUUCAACAUCAAGCAAAGGGGAGGAGAGAUCUGACAUGUUGCGCCCCCUGAGGAUCCUCAUCAGCCUGAUGGACAAGCCUGAGAUCGGCCCUCAGAUCGUGACGGACGUCCUCAUGGAUGUGUUUGAGGGGAUCGUUGAGAGAUACGAGGAAACAGUGCCAAGCCAAGAUACCAAUGAUGACAGCAAUAGCAAGAAAACACCUUCAACUUCUACCAAACUAGCCAAGAACACCAAGGCCAACAUCGAGCUGAUCAAGACGGCCAACCUGCUGUUCAGUGCGUUUGAGCCUGCAUACCUGUGGGGCUACAUCGGGCACCUGUUUGGGGAGUGCUGUGUGAAGACUGCUGAGGGGAGGGUGGAGGGGGGGAGGACAUGCUCCUGGCUGGCCAGGCUGUUGGAGGUCCUUCUGGAUAUCCUGUCACUGGAAACGUACCUGGAAAUCCAGACGGUGCACCUGCCAGCCUUACUUGAUGACAUCAUCACGGCCCUGACCCAGCAGGCUGACAGGUUGGCCCUGUCGGAGCUGUCUGCCUCCCUCCAUCUCUGCUCCAAACUGCUCAGCAAAGUCCUGCCCUCCCUGGGGUCCGAGUCACCAACCUCCAGUACACUGCCGUCCCCUAAGAAGGAUCCAAGUAGCGACUCUCUCUCAGGCUCAGCUGCAGACACUCGGACAAUGUCAGGAUCUGCUGACCACAGUAAGGCAACCACACCAAGUAUGGAGGACGCCACAAUGAGCCCAGACUCUGAAUGUACAACUGACGAAUACGAUGAUGCUUUUACUGACUUCGUGCAAUACAAUGGGAACAAUGGGAAACAAGGGGAAGGAGAGGAAGAUAAAAACUUCAAUGAAGGGGAUGGUUUUCAAGAAGACAAUUUGAGGGAUGCAGAAACUGAAGAAGACCAAGAGGAGCUGUCACCAGUCAAGAUGUGUCUUCUCAACUUCUUGAAACUGUUCUCAGAGUUCCUGUCAAGUAGAGUUAUCAAGAGUAAAGACAUCAUUGAGAAGAACAUGGAACAACUGUCUUGGGAAACACAUGUGAAGAGAACUAACAUGUCUUCAAAUGGGAAGAUGCUGCUUACAGAUACAGAAAUCCCAGAGGCACUUGGUCAUGGGAACCCCUGUGGACGUUGUUAUGUACCUGAACCUGUGCACCUGGUGGAAAAGAAGUAUGAUGCAGAGGAACAGAAGGCCUUCUCUGCCUGCUGUUGUCUCCUACUAGAGUUCUCUUCUUUCCCUACAUACUGUUCAAGUGAGGAAACAGAUUUUACACUACCCCAACUGUCAUCCACAAAAGGAGCUCCUACCCUGGACAGACUACCCAGCUGGCUACAGGGACUACUGGCUUGUUGUUGCUGUGUGAAGGACUUUGGUGUCCAGACUGUUGCCAUCUCCACUUGUCUGGAACUUAUUAGUCUGUGCAAGUCCACUAUGUCUACUGACAAAAACAUUGCAGAUGCACUCCCUCGUAGCCACCAAGCCCACAGACACAGUGAGGGCACAGUGACAGUGGUGGUCAUGUCAGCCUUAUUACCCAGCCAACUGGAGUACAUCAACACUAGGACUACACUGUAUCAUACUGUAGCAGCCAUCCUGUGGGCGUACCUGUCUGACACCAGUGCCUCUCAGCACCAGCUGAGCGUUGCCCUGCUCCAACAGCUGCACAGCCUGGCACCCUCCCCCGCCACCUGUCAGGACGUCAUCAGUACCGCCAUGCUGGACAAGGACCCUAACAAGCAGAUCUCAGCCCUUAGGAAGUUCUGUGUGUUGUGGCACCUCAGUGGGAAUAAACUGUCCACCUUAGUCAACAUGCCUGGGCCUUACAGGACAUUCGACAGAUGUAUGUUCUUGAUGCUGGACAACCUGUCUUCUAUCGAUAGCAUCCCACGCUCCCUUGCUCUGACCUGGCUGCUCCAUUCAGUCCAGAGGGGGGAGCUGACCCGUAUCCUGGAGCCCCUCCUUCUUCUCCUCCUCCACCCCUCCACAGCACGUGUGUCGCCCUACUACAAGGCCCAGCAGCUAGCCCAGACCUCCUCUACCCCCCUUGAGAAGGAUGGAGCAGACUCAGAUGCUGAAGAUCGCAUCCGUAGCAUCAGCUGUGUAGAUGGGAACAUGUGCUUCCGUGUGGUCAGUCCUGACCAAGUUGUUGUGUACCCUACACCUCAACCUGUUGCAGCAUGUACAGCUUUGACUCCAGCAGGAAAAGAAGUGGUGACCACAAGCAAGGAGGGAGCGCCUCCACACAGACCACCCGAGGUGUCCGUAACGGUCAAUCCUUUAGGGUCACAAGCCUCAUUGGCCAGCGAAAGCUCUGUAGAUGGUACCUCCCAUGACAAGAGGGUUGGUGUAAGCACCAUGAAGGAUUUGACGGGGGAGGGGGGCCCUGAGGUGGUACAGAGUCUACUGGAGGACAUCCUGGAAACUGUCAUUCCCAAGAAGGAACCAGAAAGCAGGCCAUACUCCAGCAGUAUGUCCCUUCCCAUGGGAGAGCAGUCACAGCAAAGUGGAGAAGGUAUUCUUACGUCACUGAGAAACCGGAGCACAAGCUUUCCAGAGGACAUACUAAGCUCUGUUGGUCGUACUCUUAUGGAAAAGAGAAAACCGCCACCCUUACCACCCAAACCGGCUUCCCUCAGGGUGGGGGCCAGGGCACCGGUGCCCAACCAGUUUGAGAACAAGAACACAACAGGAGAACAGGUGGAAGAGGCAAAGUCUGUCAAUGUGCACCCGCUGAACCAGCACAUGUUACUGUACAUCCAGGUGUAUGAACACCUGCAAGUCUUACAUGCCCUGGCUACACUCAAGUCUAUGCUUAGUGUUGCAGGGCGAGCUCUGAUCUGUGCCACUGUUACAACCAGCAUCCACAGUUCUGGGUCCUCCCUACAAUCUGUGCUGCAAGAACUUCUCAGUCGGCACAGGCAAUCUCUCCUUGGACAAGACUUCUACCACAACAUUUCCUCGGAGCUCUCAGGUGCUUUUCGCAGCUGUAUGCACCUGGAGAUUCUUGUGUCCGUGUGUUUGUACUUCCUGCGUGGACACUACCCCAUCAUGUUGGACGUAUCCAAGGCCGAUGUACGGGGAAAUGAAGAUGUGCAAAUAGCGAGUGCAGAAGUGUUAACAGUGCUUUUGUCAGAGUUGGUGGGUGUGGUUGGAGAGAGUAGCCGAGGGUUUGCCACCUACAUCAGUGACCUACUCUCCAGGUGUAAGGUGCAGAAGGCAGUACUACACUGUCUCCUAGCAACAGUCUACAGCGCUGGAAAAGACUCAGCCCUUCUAGCUGACAGUGACACAGAUGACAUGACCAGGGAGACCAUCUCCAGGUGUAACUGGGAGCCCAGUGACCCCGGUUACCAGGCACUGCAGAGGCAGCUGCUCAAGCUGCUACUGGCCAUCAUUGUACUGGAGGAUAAGGUCUUCUCCCACAGGAGUAAGACUGACAGUGAAGACAGCAUGACGGAGUGGGAUCGGCUGAGGAUCCAGUUUGAGCAGGGCGCCGUCUCGCUGCGCUACGUGAGCUGGGAGCCCGUGGCAGCCCAGGGCAUGUUCCUGGGGACCAUGCUGAGUGCCCUGAGGCAGCCUAAAGUGGGCAUGAUGCACCCUCACUGGGUGACGAUGGCUGUGUCCUCCCUGCCUUACCUUGGGAAGGCCUUGCCUCGAGUCAUAACUCCCAUCAUUACCCAGCUGUGUGUGAACUUGGAGACUCUGGCCAAGGAGUACUCUCACUGCUUUUCUCAUCCAAAAUGGUCCAUAUGUCCUGACUUGCUAGUCAGCAUUCUAGAGGGGCUGACCAUGAUCUUCCACUACUGCCUGAUGGAUAGCAUCAUACCCCCGUCAGGCAUCAGCUUCCAGCCUGCUGUGGGCACCCCUGGGUCCUCGCAGGAUCACGGCAGCCCUACCCACAUCCUCCACAGCCUCAUGAGAAUGUUUGGUGUGGAUACAGAGGACAAGCUCCCCAGCCAUGGUGGGGAGGGGGAGAACCAAGUCAAACCUCUGCUGGAGGCACGCCGUGCCGUCAUCAGCAUCCUCCCCCGGGUAGUGUCCACCCUCGCCACCGCCUGGGGCAUCCUCAAACAGGCCGAGUCACAGGGGGAGGGGCGGGCACAGAGGGCUGCACAGCAACCCCCUCCCGCCUGGAUAAUGGGCUCUCCCAAAGUGCUGUGCCAGCACAUCCUGGAGCUGCUGAGCCCCAUCUCCCUCCACCAUGGAACAUCCCUGAUGGCAGCUGUGGCCAUAGUCUGGAGGGACAGGAAGAGGAAAUCUCAUGGCAGGGAGAAGGUUUUACCUGUUGCCAGUACUGAGCAGCUAGGGUUAGUGGACCUGGUCAGUGCCAUCAAAGUGGUCAGGAUGGACAACCUCAUUCACACAGUCACACAGGUUGUGAAGUCCCCUCCCCUGUCUGGGAAGGACAGGAAGCAGCCUAUCCUAGAAGUCAGCAUGCUGCAGUUUCUCUAUGUGUUCCUCAUGAGAAUGGGUAAUGGCACAGUGAUGGCUUCCUGGACCUCUCUGUUGGCCUUGCUGAGAGAGAGCCUGUCCCUGGACCUCCCCCCACCAGGGGUGUUCCUCCUGCUGGGGAUACUGAACCAGUUUGUACAGAAGUGUCCCAUGUUAGAGGAUAGGAGGGACAGGAGAGACCUGCAGGCUUUUGCUCAGCGGAAAGUUGUUGAAGAUGUCACACAGAAACUGCUGGAAUCCUGCAGUACCAUCGCUGGCUCAUCACUGGAGCAGACCACGUGGCUUCGCCGCAGCCUUACCGUGAUUCCCGGACCCCAGACUGAUCCGAACCUGUCCCAUUCUGACGUGGAGGACUCCCCCUCAACAUCACCCCCCUCCAGCCCCCCUCCCACACAGCCAGCCGUGCUCCCCAACAGUUCACAUUACAGUGUGCAUGCACUGUCGCUUUUAGCUGAGCUGCUAGCUUCACUGCUGGAUGUGAUGUUUGGCAGUGAAGAGAAGGAGAGAGCUCUACCACUUCUCACUGCCAUCAUGGGCAAUGUCACACCUUACCUCAGGUCCCACAGUGUUGAGAACAUGGCUCGGUUCCGCGCCUGUUCGCGCCUGCUCAGCAGCCUGAGUGGGUACCAGUACACCCGCCGUGCCUGGAAACGUGAGGCCUUCGAGCUGCUCAUGGACCAGAACUUCUUCCAGAUGGACGGCCAAUCUCUGUCCAGCUGGAAGUCUGUGGUGGACAAUCUGAUGACCCACGACAAGACAACAUUCAGGGACUUGAUGGCCCGAGUGGCAGUGACUCAGAGUGGUUCGCUGAACCUAUUCAGUAGCCGUGAGCAGGAGCUAGAGCUGAGAGCCAUGCUGCUGAAGAGACUGGCCUUCACCAUCUUCUGUAGUGAGACAGACCAGUACCAGAGGCAUCUGCCAGAAAUACAAGAGAGGGUUGCUGAGACCCUGCGGCUGCCCCCUGCACCCAUCCUCCAGGAGCAGGUGUUCCUGUUGUUCAAGGUGCUGCUGCUGAGAAUCUCGGCCUCCCACCUGACAGCCCUGUGGCCCACCAUCAUCACCCAGCUGGUGCAGGUGUUCCUCCACAUGGAACAGGAGCUCAGCGCUGAUGCUGAUGUGUCCAGAACCCUGUCCCAGAGGAUUUCUGGUAUAGACGGAGGCUGGGCCUAUGUGGAGGGUAAUGGUCUGUGUGUGAAUCCUACCUCCAACCCACACUGGCUCAGGGUGUUCCUAGCUACCUGUAAGCUACUGGACCUGGCACUGGCCCUGCCAUCCGACCUGCUGCCACACUUCCAACUGUACCGCUGGGCCUUUGUUGGUGAGGCUGGUGUCUAUAGUACUAAACAUUCUCAGCGGCAGGAGAGGGCUGUGGAGGGGGAUGACUUCACACCACAUCUCGUCAGGCUAACAAGACUACUCCGAAGAAAGGUUCCAUCAGAAGAUGCCGACAGGGUUCUGAUAUGGGAGUACGGCACUCCUCUGCUGAACGUGGCCAGGAUAUCAAGCCUGUCUGACUUACUCCCUUUCUUCAACACGGUUUGCUCGGCCCAGCUUUCCUGUGUCACCCUGGAGUCCAGUCCCAAACACUCCAGCCCAGCACGGGGGAACAUACCCUCUGUAUCAGUGCCAACUCCUGCUGAGCUAGCUGUGGAGAGAGACUUUCUAGAGCAGCUACCUGGGGCAAAGAAGUAACUUUGUAAUCAGUACUAACAUCAGGCCUAAUAGUACAGUUUGUGAAACUGUGGGAAAGUUUUUAAGUAGUAAGUGCAAACAGAUACUGCUAAAGAAGAAAACAUUGAAAGAAAAGGAGGUUCAUGUUGAGAUUGUGUCACAACAUUUCUUCAUCAGACAAAGGCUUGUCAUACUUCUUUAUGAUGUUACAAGCAACACCCUACAACGAUCUAAGUAAUAUUAAAAACCUGUACAUGUCAAAAUGUUCAGAAGAACAAGAGCAUUUCAUGCUCUUGUAUGAUGACUUUUCCUUGUGUUUCUAACCUUUUAAACUUGCUUCAUUAAUUCAACAUACCUCUGCCAACCAAGCAAUAUAUGCAAAUUGAAUUAGCCAAAAAAGUUUGUUAAAACGUAAAUACCUAAUUAUGAAUUUUGAACAUAUGCUGCAACAGUUCACUUCAUCAGUUCUUCUAACACUAGUACUUAUAGGAAAGAUAACUGUACAUGUAUUGUAAAGCUGUCAAUAGAACUUGAUCACCUUGGACCUUUGGCUUGAGUACAAACAUGCUAUGUUGUAUGUACAGUCUCCACUUUAUAAACCAUGUAUAGAAAUCCAGUAGCCCACUGAACACUGGUAAUCUGUACAAGCAUUGUAAAUUUAUUUUAUUGUUUUACUCUCUUAGAGUGUUGAUUUCUAUAACAUCAACCAACAUGUACUGAGAACACACUGUACAUAAGAGAUAGCAAAGAUGUGACAAGUAUGGUUACCAAGCUAUUAGCUGAUGUUAAGAAUAUGGAAAGUGAUGUGCAGUGCACCUACAUGUGGAAGCAAUAGUGAGUGAGAGACUUUAAAUCAAUUUUGUGAUGUUACAAACCUUGAUAAUGUGUGGAAAAAUUUGUUGACAUGAAGUUUAUUUAUAGCAAAGCUAAAUGUAUCGAUCACUUGAAUUUUCAGUGCAAUGUCUGUGAUUAUGAAAUUCUUGAUGCAGAUUUUACUGCUCUUUUCAGUUCACUUUACCCGUUGUGUGCAAUGUUAUCAUAUCGCUUCUAUAUAAAGAGAACAUUGUUUUUAUGCUUAUCUCAUCUUAUCAAGAACCAUAUUUUGGGGUCUCCCCGGGUCUUGCAUAUAUUUUCUGUCAUUUUAACAUCUAAAGAAGAGAAUUCUUGCUGUGUUCACUUACUUUUCUAACAAUUAUAAGCAACCCAAGUUUGGUAGUGAGGAAGACAACUUUAACUUUAAUAUUGAUGAAAUACGUAGAUCUACAUGUACAUCAACUGCCGCAAAAGCUGUUUGACUUUGAGAGCUUUAUUUGCAAACAGCAUCCAUUCUUACAGUUGUAAUGUGGCCAAUCAAUUGUACAACAAAUGAAUUGUCAUAGUGAAAAAAUUGCAUGUCUCAUAGAUGCUGUUCCCUCUGUGGGAAAUUAUUCGGGGGAAUACGUAGUAGAUUUUGUGUGAAACUUAAUUUGCACACUCUAACAAUAUUUCUAUCCAACACAUGAUGUGUACACACGAUAAUAAUUCUAACUUUGCCUUACAUCCUCGAUUUACUGAAUAAAAUGAUGCUGCACAGUC